AUGAUUGAUGAUGAUGAUGAUGAUGAUGAUGAUGAUGAUGAUGAUGAUGAUGAUGAUGAUGAUGAUGAUGAUGAUGAUGAUGAUGAUGAUGAUGAUGAUGAUGAUGAUGAUGAUGAUGAUGAUGAUGAUGAUGAUGAUGAUGAUGAUGAUGAUGAUGAUGAUGAUGAUGAUGAUGAUGAUGAUGAUGAUGAUGAUGAUGAUGAUGAUGAUGAUGAUGAUGAUGAUGAUGAUGAUGAUGAUGAUGAUGAUGAUGAUGAUGAUGAUGAUGAUGAUGAUGAUGAUGAUGAUGAUGAUGAUGAUGAUGAUGAUGAUGAUGAUGAUGAUGAUGAUGAUGAUGAUGAUGAUGAUGAUGAUGAUGAUGAUGAUGAUGAUGAUGAUGAUGAUGAUGAUGAUGAUGAUGAUGAUGAUGAUGAUGAUGAUGAUGAUGAUGAUGAUGAUGAUGAUGAUGAUGAUGAUGAUGAUGAUGAUGAUGAUGAUGAUGAUGAUGAUGAUGAUGAUGAUGAUGAUGAUGAUGAUGAUGAUGAUGAUGAUGAUGAUGAUGAUGAUGAUGAUGAUGAUGAUGAUGAUGAUGAUGAUGAUGAUGAUGAUGAUGAUGAUGAUGAUGAUGAUGAUGAUGAUGAUGAUGAUGAUGAUGAUGAUGAUGAUGAUGAUGAUGAUGAUGAUGAUGAUCAGGUGCAUACUCAGUUUUGUUAA